CGCGAAGUCAUGGCAGUCCAGGACGCGAGCGCUGCCGAGGACGACAGCGAGGUUCUCUAUCUCGCCAAAUGCCUCCAGAAGAGCAGCGUCGUCUCUCAUGCUGUGUGCGGCCACAUUCGAUCGCCGCUGAUGCUGGAGGUGGUCUUCGGCAAGGAGACCGCCCUGGAGCUUGUCGUGCUCGUCGAAGAUGGGAGCGUGCAGCCGGUGUGUGAGCAGAGUGUGUUUGGAAUCAUCAAGGACAUGAAAUUGCUCCCUUGGAAUGAACAUCGUCGAGCUCCUUACUCGCAGACCUACGGCAAGGACUUACUCGUGCUGCUUUCAGAUUCCGGAAAACUCUCCUUCCUGACUUUCAGUGUCGAUCUGCACAGGUUUGUGGCUGUCAGUCAAAUUCAUCUCUCUCAUCCCGGGACUUCUCUUCGCGAGCUCGGAUGGCUACUUGCUGUCGACUCCAGAUCUCGCGCUGUAGCGGUUUCUGCUAUCGAAGAUUUGGUAGCAAUAUUUCCUACCUCUGUUGCAGCUGGGGAGAAUGUCGUCGAGAAGGCCAUAAGAUAUCCAGCAGCGGGUAACGUAGCAAAUGACGCAGAGUCAACGUAUGGAUGGGGAACGAUAUGGAGCAUGGCCUUUGUUGCUAGCCCAGAGGAAUCCCACCAGCUUUUGCUCGCGGAAGGGUGCUCUGUCGAACGAACUGCAAGUUCUACUUUGCGACACGAAUGAGCGUUCGAUACACUUGGGAGCACGGUAUCAUCCUUCUGGAGAGCCGGCCAUCGAUUUUCUAACUUAUGGUGUUGUGGAGAUGCCCGCAUUCCCGGGGUUCGUGCUACUGCUUCGGCUCGGUGA